AUGAUAAUUGUUCUAAUAGGUGUAUGUACUCUCCUGUUUUCUGUUAUGGGCAAGAAUACGGCUAUUUUGGAGAUCGUUUUGUAUGAAACGACAGAGAAUGGCGGUUAUAAGACGAAUUCCCAACAGUUGUACGGCUAUUUUUCACCGGCUGGAACCCUUGUUGGAGCCGAAGGUCGUAUCAUGCAGGUAGGACAAUAA